AGUUCAGCUUAGAAAAACAAAUCUCUUCACAAACACGAUUUUUAACUGUUUGUAAUUCAGAAUAUUCUUUUCUUUUUUACUUUUAGGAUGAGUAAGAGAUACACACACAAAGCAACACAAAGGACACUGCUACUUGUUAUCUGUGUGAUAACCCUUUGGGGGAAAUCAGUAACAGCAGUAAGCCACCAUAAAGCGCACCAUGUCAAAACAGGAACCUGUGAGGUGGUGGCAAUACACAGAUGUUGCAACAAGAACAAGAUAGAAGAAAGGUCUCAGACAAUAAAGUGCUCCUGCUUUCCAGGACAAGUGGCAGGGACGACUCGUGCCGCCCCUUCCUGUGUUGAUGCCUCAAUUGUGGAGCAGAAAUGGUGGUGUCAGAUGCAUCCGUGUAUGGAUGGAGAGGAAUGUAAAGUCCUCCCAGAUCUCAAAGGCUGGAGCUGUGCUUCGGGGAAUAAAGUAAAAACAACUAAGGUAGCUCGAUAGUUCAAGAUCUGAAUGGCAAUCAGCAUCCUACGAUUUUGAACUCACUCCUAACCUGCUGUGGUUCCUCGGAAGCUGUGUUUUUUUUUUUUUUUUUUUUUGUGCAUAAAAAUGGGUUCUCAUAACUUUGACGUUUUAAUGAAGAAAUUUGCCUACAUUUGGAAAACAGAAGAAUAGCACAAAACAAACAAGGACUGCUAGAAGAGAUUUUCAUAUAUAAAGACCUGCUGUACAGUAAACAGCAAACAGCUCUUCUCUUAAAAAAAAAAAACAAAAAAAAAUAUUUUCUGCAACUUAACUGGCACUCAUAAGUAGGAAGGGAACAUAUGUGCUCUUUUGCAACCGAACAUGCUGAUAUGAAACAGUCAUCUCUGCCAUGAGCUGGAAUACCAAGGAUAAUGGUAUUAAAAAACAAAAUAACCAUUCUCUUCGUGUUUUAACUGGUAAGACUAAAUACACUCAAGUUUCCUUUAGAAAAUGUUCUUUGUCACAAUAAAAGAUGAACAGGUUUAUUUGCUUCAAAAGGCUUUUUUAAAUACCGUGGGAUUGUCUUUGUUAUAUGAAGACGAUAAUGUUCAGUAGUGAUAACUGUUGACAGGCUAUGCCUAAAUAUAUGUAAAUGAUAUACAAAAUAUUGAUGUACUGGAAGUGAGGUUGACAGAAUUGCUCAAGACUAAGCAGACACAGUAUAUCCUUAGGACGUUUAUAAAUGCUGGUAACAUUUUUUUUCUUUUAUUUCAGUUUUUUUUCAUGAUGAGUUCCUCUCUUUAACCUUUUGGGUGCUAGGGUGUUAUUUAUAUCAUACAAAUAUCAAUAUUUAGUAUGUGCAGCCUUCCGAUUCAAAAGUGGAGCAAGUAUUGCAUUUUGAAAAUCUUUAAUUUAAUGUGUUAGCUCAUUUUUUUUUAAAUAAACCACUGGCUUCACAGACCCCAUUCACAAGUCUUGGACUACCUAAUAAUGCCUUAAGUAAGGUAUUCCCAGAUUCGUGCUAAUCAGGAUCUGUGAAAUCACCUGUGAGUUUUUAAAUGGUCUUUUUAUCUCUUAUCAGUUCCAUACCUUGUAAAUCUUGUGCAAUGCUGGUCCAUUUCUAGUAAAUUAGGUUAAAAAUAGAGAUGCCAACUUCUCGUAAACAGCAACAAACAGCAUUGACAUUUCCAUGAUGCAUUUAUGUUUCUGAACAUAAGCUAUUUAGUGUUUAGUGAUGGUAUAACUUUUGGCAUUUUAAGAAUGCUAAAAAAGCAUUUUAGUUUAAAAAUAAAAGCACAGAACUCAUUCUAAUACAAGUGAAGUCAGAUUAAAUACUUAUUUUAAAUAAACAGGAAACACCAAAUGAAUACUAUACAUGAAACCAAUUAAACCUCCUAUAAACCCAAUGUAACAUUAUUUCAGACACAUAUUCCUGGUAGAAGCUAAAAGAAGACAGGGUAGUCAGAACCAUUUUGUUUUUCCACUAAAUGUGUUUCAUGCAGGCUUCUGAGACAUGAAGUGAAGCAAUAAGGAAAUUUCAGUGUGACAGGCCUAGUCUACUCAGUUGCCCAUUCAAUUACAUUGUGAAAAUUCCAGCAACACAGUUUUAAACUUUGGGGUAAAACACUACUUUAAAUAUUUGUGACUAAUAAUUCUGACAUGAUACAUUAUUUCUUUAACAUUUAAUUUAUUAUAGUAUAAUUUGGUCUGGCAAGGAUCUGCAGAAAUAUGUUAGCAUUUAUGAGAGCCCUCUAAUCUAUUAUUUUUUUUUAGCACCAGGCAUUCAUUAUAAAUGGUGCUGAUGAAGUUUUUUUUUUUGUAAUGCCUAAUAUAUAUAUCACACGCUUUUGUUACUUCUUCUGACAGAUGUACUGCAGUGAUGUUACAUAUUUUUUUGAAUCCUGCCACUCUCAUCAAAAUGUAUUUGUAUUCAUUGUGAACCCAAUAAACCACAGUCAAGGCAUUUGCUGUUGUACCUUUUUAGGUUAGAGUAUAUCUGACAUCAAAAGCUCUUGCACCAACAUUGAAGAAAACAUAUCCAGAGCUGAACAAAAUUAUCCACAUUUAUCUCAACUACUGUAAUUUUUAAAUGAUUGGAAUAUCAAAUUAUUCAUUUUUUAUUAAAUUAAUUUUACUGAACGAUGAGAGUUGAAGGCUACUCGCUAAGCCAGUUUGUUGCAGUACGUACAGUAUAUGGAAAGUUUACUUAACACUUCAACUUUUUUUAAACCUAGCCUGUCUUGUUUAAAGCUUAAAGUACGCAUACAAUUCAAAAUCAUGCUUUUGGAAUAUUUUUGUUUCAAUAAUAAAAAAAUAUAUAUAAAUAAAUAUCUUUGUCU